CCGAAGCUGCACGUUUUGUGCGGUUCCGGAGAGCUGCGGGGCCUGUGGCUUCCAGCUUCACUCGCCAGGAGGUGCCUGCGUUGACGCACGGACCGGGAGCGGUGGCAAUUGAACCCCGCAGGCCAGACCAUGGGCUGCCUCUUUUCCAAGAGGCUGAAGAAUGAGAGGGACUCGCCCCCCGAAAGCGAGAGCCAACCACCAAAGCAGUACAGCUGGGAUCAGCGCGAGAAGGUUGAUCCAAAAGAUUUCAUGUUCAGUGGACUAAAAGAUGAAACAGUAGGUCGCUUACCUGGGAAAGUUGCAGGACAGCAAUUCCUUAUCCAAGACUGUGUGAACUGUAAUAUCUAUAUUUUUGAUCACUCUGCUACAAUUACUAUUGAUGAUUGUACUAACUGCAUUAUUUUCCUGGGACCUGUAAAAGGCAGUGUGUUUCUUCGGAAUUGCAGAGACUGUAAGUGUACAUUAGCCUGCCAACAGUUUCGUUUGCGGGACUGUAGAAAACUGGAAGUCUUUUUGUGCUGUGCAACUCAACCCAUUAUUGAGUCUUCCACAAAUAUCAAGUUUGGAUGUUUUCAGUGGUACUACCCUGAAUUAGCUUUCCAGUUUAAAGAUGCAGGGUUAAGUAUCUUCAACAACAACUGGAGUAACAUUCAUGACUUUACACCUGUAUCAGGAGAACUGAACUGGAGCCUUCUUCCAGAAGAUGCUGUCAUUCAAGAUCAUGUCCCUCUACCAUCUACAGAAGAGCUCCAAACUGUCCGCGUAUCCACAGAAGCCAACAGGAGUAUCAUUCCAGUAUCUCGGGGUCAGAGACCAAAGAGUAGUGAUGAGUCAUGUUUAGUGGUAUUGUUUGCUGGUGAUUAUACCAUCGCAAAUGCUAGAAAACUUAUUGAUGAGAUGAUUGGUAAAGGCUUUUCUCUGGUCCAGACAAAGGAAGUGACAAUGAAAUCUGAGGAUGCUCAAAGGGUUUUUCAGGAAAAAGCUGCUAAUUUCUUUCCUCUUCUAAACAAAGGUUCUGUUAUUGCUUUGGAAUUUAAUGGAGAUAAUGCUGUAGAAGGAUGUCAAAAUAUUGUCAACCAGCUAUUCAACGGGACCAAGAUGUUUGUAUCCGAAAGCAAAGAAACGGCACAGAGAGAUGUAGACAGCUUCUAUAACUUUGCUGAUAUACAGAUGGCAAUAUGAAGAGCAGUGCAGAACCGAGGACGUGAUAUUAAGUCUCUUCCAUCAUGUGAAUUUACAAUAGGUUUUAAUGCUAAGAUGACUGAAGAUCACUUUAUAAUAAAUGGGCUAAAUACCGCAUACAUCAUUGGAUUUCAAAUUCAGGUCAUUUU